UCCAAUGAAUACAUUCUAAGCUAUAUACCUUUCUAUCAACAUUUAAUAUAGAUCCAUUAAUGGUAUACACGUCAAUAUAUAUGUAAAUUAUUAUCAGCUGUUACAAAGCACGGCAGAUUGACAAAGAAAUUAGUAUAAUUUAAAACUUGGGAAGCUAUAACUACCUAUUAAGAAAAAACACAAAAAAAAAAAAAAACAACAACAACAACACAGGAUUGAGAACAAUACAAGAUAGUGAGUUCAAAUGACAAUAACAUUUAUCAUUUAAACUUAGGUAUGAAUUUGGAGGCAGCUCUUACGAUAGAAAAAUAAAACAGUUUCAUGACUUGCAGAAAAGGAAAAAGUAAUUUUACCAGAUAAUAAGGAUAUUUUGUGUCUAGAAAAGAAGGAAUAACAGUGAAGCAUGACGUACCUUGACAAGAUUCAUGUUGACAGAAAAAAAAUAUACAGAAAUUUCUCCGGUGGAAAACACCUAGGUUGAGAAUACGAGGACAGGGAAAUCGAUAAAUCACGCAUGUGUAAGCUGUGCAAGAGGACAAGGCAAGAGAUAAGUCACGCGUGUGUAAAGCUGUGCAAGAGGACAAGGCAAUCGAUAAAUCACGCAUAUGUAAGCUGUGCAAAAGUACAAGACAAUAUAUAAAUCACGCGUGUGUAAGCUGUACAAGAGGAAAAGGCAGUCGAUAAAUCACGUGUGUGUAAGAUUCUCUUCAGCAUGCGUUUUCAUCUUAAAAGGACAGUGCUUUGGGUUGUAAUAUUGUUAACCGGAUUAAUAUUCAUUGAUUUUAAAGUCUAUGAUAAUUCAUAUUUGGUAAAUGAUCAACCUUUACGAAAAAUGUUCAAUCAAACUACUGUGGGUCAGACAACACAAUCUAAUUUCACAAAAAUUGUAUCUUACUUACAAACCUUUACCAAAAGAGCAGUGAUAAAAUCGCAAAAAUUAUGGGCGACCGAAGCUGUCAAAGAAAAUUUAGAACUUCUUUGGCCGAGUAGAGAAUUUUAUGAAAAUGACAGAAUAACGAAUCAGUUAAAUUAUAGAUUAGGAAAUGAAAGUAAAUCUAAUAAUAAGCUAUCGGAUAAAGGUGUUAAACUUAAGAAAAUAUAUUUAGAUUCAGGAUUUGGAGGAAAGCGUUUGGGACGAUGGGUGUUUUUAGAAGACAAGUGUAAUAUAAACACGUGCGAGAUAACACGAGAUCGUAAAUAUACUGAUACUGCAGACGCUUUAUUCUUUCAGUCAUCCUCAAGUGGAACCAUAACUCGAAAAUCAACACAGCAGAUUUGGAUGAUUUUUAUGCUAGAGUCGCCGUACCAUACUGCCGGAUUGAGAAGUUUACGUAAUGUGUUUAACUGGACUGCCACUUAUCGGCAUGAUUCCGAUAUAGUUGCUCCGUACGAAAAAUUCGUACGUUAUGACGAAAAAGUUAAAUUUCUUCCACAAAAAAAAAGUUACGCUGCAGGAAAAACUAAAAAAGUAGCUUGGUUUGUUUCAAACUGUGGCGCGAGAAAUGAACGACUACAGUAUGCCCGGAAGCUGUCAAAAUAUAUUCAAGUAGACAUAUAUGGAGCGUGUGGACCUUUACGAUGCCCACGGAAGAAUGACAAAUGUUUUGAAAUGCUCAAUACUGACUAUAAGUUUUACCUGUCAUUUGAAAAUUCGAAUUGCAGAGACUACAUAACCGAAAAAUUCUUCGUCACAGGUCUACAACAUGACGUGAUACCAAUCGUUAUGGGAGCCGCCCCUGAAGAUUAUUCGCGUGCUGCCCCACCCCAUUCAUUUAUACACGUAGACGAAUUCCAAUCUCCAGAAGAGCUUGCACAAUAUCUGCACAAAUUGGACCAAAAUGAUGAUUUGUAUAAUGAAUAUUUCCGUUGGAAAGGGACGGGAUCUUUUAUCAACACUUACUUUUGGUGCCGCGUGUGCGCCAUGUUGCACGAGACUUCCAGAGAAUCUCACGCUUAUCGUGAUUUGGAAAAAUGGUGGCGGGGAGAAGGUAUCUGCAUAGGUAAAGACAAUUGGCGACAGCGACAGCGUACCUCAAAAUAUAUUGCAGAAGAUUACUUAGCAUAGGACAUCUUCCACUGUCAGUAUUCCUAAGUGAUAACCUAAUCAGAUAACCAUGAUUGCAGUGUCCAGAAAAUUGAAGCAAGAGUGAUAUGACUUCUGACUGGCUGGUACUGUGUUAAACUUGACCAAUCGUUAAGUUUUAAUCAAAGACUUGUUCCAAAACUCAGUACAUGUAUUAUAUCAUAGAAUAUCGGCAAACAGAUUAUGAAGCUUUUACGAGUAAGUUAAACUAAAGUACAUUGUAUAAUGUCAGUUACGUUAUUCAAUGCAACAAUGUGUUUAAAUUUAUAAUUCACUAGCUAUUUUGCUGUAACAUUCCACAUGCAAAAUAUGUCGCAUUUCUAACUGUAUUGAUUUCCGUGCGUGUCGUUUGAAGGGGAAUAUUUCCCACAUGAUAGCAAUUUCUGCAAGUAGUAAUGACUAAAAUUAUUAAAAUUUAUAACACAAUUAUAUAGCACAAACAAUCAGGUGUUUAUAUCUAUGACACUUGGACUUUGUUGAAAAAAAAUGUAAGUAGAUACAUAGGGAGAGUCAUGGAAUGUCAGAUUGUUAUUUUAGUAUUAGAGAUUUCUGGUCACUAACCGUUUGCAUAAUGUGCCAUCAAGAGUCCUCCAUAAUGCUGUGGUUUAAGUCACACGCAGGCCCCGAUGUAGGCUUGAUUCUUUAUAUAAACGUAUUAAUAGUCUUUGGACGUCACUUUAAAUUGUGGCUCAGUGACAUGUGAUUUACACGUUCAAAACAGAAGAACCAUGGGAACUGACUCGAUGUGCAUCUUAUCUCAUACUCCCAAAAACCAAAAGGUGACUAUCAUUCUUCUGGCGGUGUUGUCCAUAUAAAAUGAUCUCCGAUACAAGUAUAGGUCUCCCUAGUCACCGCACUACCUGCAUGCAGCGACAGGUCCGAUCCCGUACACGUUC